CAACUUUUAACGACCGGCCAGACAUUUUAAUGCUAUUGACUAUCUAGAUAUUUCAGACAACAUGAGCGACCAGCAAGCUGCCGCUAGCAUUGCUGCCAAGGGGGCAUCAUCAAAGUCGAAGAAAGCCAAGUCAGAAGCUCAAAAACGAUACCAAGCGAAGAAGGCUAGAAAGCAUCGUGUGUUGGCCAAAGCUCGUCGAGAUGCAGCGCCAAAGAACAAAAAAUUUGACGGUCAAUCACAAGUCUAUAUCAAGGAUGACAGUGGAGCUGCACAAGUUGAGGCCGGACCUUCCCGUUAUGCCGAUGCGUCGGAGGCUCUGGAGGAUGUCUCGAUGACUGCUAGCGCGAAGAAGAAGGGAAAGGAGAAGGCUAAAGGCGAAAUAGGACGGCCUGGAGUGGCCAGUACAGCGAGUUCAUCGAGAGAAGCAGGCUCCGAUGACAAAAAACCGGAAAGUGCAAAUGGUCAAGGCGCAGAGGACGAAGAACAGGAGCGCCAGGAGCGCAAGAGGGUGAAACGAGAGAAGAGGGAGAACAGAGAUAGGUCAGCGAGGAAAGCGAAGCGGCAGAAGAGAGAUGAGAAGGUGCAGGCAGGGGUGGACAUCGGUGGAGCAGAUUUGGCAGACGCCAACGACCUGAGAGGAGAAGUUGGGGAGGACUACGCCCUGGAUCAAGACGGAGAUCUGGACUUGCCGGGAGGCGAUCAAGAAUCACUGACUGGCGCUGAUGAAGAAGAUACAUCUCCGUCCACCCUCGAGGCCUUUCCUCUUCCGCUGGCUCCGGCUGCCGCAGAUCCUGUCCUACUCACCAAGCAAGGUCUUCCGAAAGGAUUAGAAAAUGCUCAAUUGAUAGACGCGGGUCUAUCUGCUUCGCUCGAUGAGGUUCCAUCAGCCAUUCAUGAACGUCUGAAAGCCAUCGGCAUCGAACGGCUGUUUGCCAUACAAGCGGCCAUCCUUCCAAAACUCCUAUCCCUUCCACUCGUCCCGACGCCUUAUACUCGUCUGUGCGAUUACCUCGCUUCGGCCCCGACUGGCUCAGGCAAGACACUCGCUUAUGUCCUUCCCAUCGUGCACAUCUUGUCGACUCGAGUGGUCCCACAAUUGCGUGCUUUAAUCGUCUUGCCGACGCGAGAUCUCGUGGUGCAAGUGCGUGAGACAUUGGAGAUCCUCACGAAAGAAUCGGGCUUGAUUAUCGGAAGUAUCACUGGUCAGCAUAGUUUUGGACAUGAGCAGGGUAUGCUUGGGCAGCAUCAAGCCAAGUUGGACAUUCUGGUGGCUACACCAGGUCGAUUGAUCGAUCAUUUGAACGGGACGCCGGGUUUCACUCUGCAGCACCUCCGUUUCCUCGUUAUCGACGAGGCGGAUAGGCUGCUGGGACAGUCAUACCACGACUGGUUGGUACAAGUUCUAGGAAAUACCUCUCCUUAUUGUCAAAAGCUUUUAUUCUCCGCCACUUUGACAAGAGAUCCUGCUGCAAUCGCAUCUCUAAAACUCCACAAUCCUCAAUAUCUCAUCGUGCAAUCUAUCAAGUCAAACGAUACCAACACCUUCUCACUGCCCGAUACACUGUCGGAGAGAUAUAUCGUCACGCUGGCUACGCUGAAGCCGCUGGUCUUGAUUCACUUGCUCCAUCAAUGUGGUUCCGGCGGUCUGGUCUUUUGCAAGAGCGUCGACAGUGUAACUCGGCUAGUGCACUUGCUCACUGCGUACGGGCAAAAAUCUGUCCAAGGCUACACUAGCGAUAUGAAAACUGCAGAGCGUAAAGCGCUCUUGGCCGAUUUCUCGAGCGGCAAGGUCGAUUUUUUGAUCUGCUCUGAUCUCGUCGCUAGAGGGAUGGACCUCCCGGUCGUCUCGCAUGUCAUAUCAUACGACGUACCGAUGGAUAUGAGGAAGUACGUUCAUCGAGUCGGUCGAACGGCUCGAGCAGAGCGAUCAGGCAAUGCAUUCACACUUGUGGAGAAGCAAGAGGCUCUCUACUUCAAGGCUAUGCUCAGGGAGGCUGGAAGAGACAAGGUUGUCAAGAGAAUCAGAUUACAAGAGGGCGAUCUCGAUGCGUAUAAUGAGACAUACGAGGCGGCGAUGAGCAAGGUCAAGGCUUUGUAUGGGGCAGCUGAAUGAUAUGUGAGGGGCGGUGCGAGACAUGGAUCAAUCGCUGGGAAUCUAGGCCGUACGUACAUCCAUUGUACAAUGCAGCAAAAAGGAUGCAUAUAGACGCCUAUUC